AUGGCAGCGUCGCAAAAGAAUGUCACUUAUGGACUCAAGUUCCAAGCAAGAGCGAUGGUGCCGUUCCAAUCAGAAGGAGCACAGUCGCGCUGGCUUGUGGGUACCAAUGCUCUGAGGGAUGAAAACGAGAUCCAAAUCCUGGAGUUUGACCCAGAAAAGGACACCAUACGGAUGGCAGAGGUCCAUUCGCACCCGCAGGAAGUGUGGCAGAUUGCACCUUGCCCUUCAGACCCGCGCACGCUCAUGACGAUACACAACGAAGGUAUCUGGCUUUGCCAUGCAGAGGGCGUGCACACAGCAUCUCUUUGGCACAUGCCGGAGGAGAAUGGUGCACUGGAGCAAAAGGCAGAGCUCAAGGGCACCUCCAGCGUCAGAGCAGUUGCUUGGCACCCGGCCCAGGCAGAUACAGCCCUCAGCGUGGAAGGGGCCAAGCUUCUGCAGUGGCGCCUGGGCGGAGCCAGCGCAGAGGUGGCGUCAGAGUGCGCCAGCGGUGGCUCGGAGCAGCUGUCGGGGGGCGCAUGGGACCCCCACGAUCCCAACCGCUUCUGCUCUACUGGCGGCAGCAGCGUGCAGGUGUGGGAUCUGAGGAGUGGGCAGCAGAGCGGGGCCAUCAGCAGCGCGCAUGGGAUGCCGGUGCGAGACGUGGACUUUGCGAAGCAGCAGGACAACCUCAUUGUGACGGCCGGGGACGACUGCAAGCUGCGGCUGUGGGACCUCAGGCAUGCCCCUGCGCAGUCUGCGAUGGCGUCCCCGGCCGGAAAAAGAGCGGCAGCCGCCGGUGGCGCCGGUGCGAAGGACGGCAAGGUGCAGAGCUACGGGGACCAUGAAGACAGCGUCUACAGUGUUGCAUGGAGCACAUCAGACCCGUGGACAUUUGCCUCGCUGUCUUAUGAUGGCAGGGUAGCUGUGCACCGCGUUCCCUCCCAAGUCAAGUACAAGAUCCUCAUCUGA